AAGGAAAAAAAUCAUCCACUGUGCAGUUUCGCGUGGUUCUUGCAAUUGGUUUUCUAGUGGGGACCGACACUGACUGCAUCCACCACCAGCACACACCCCUCAGCACCGGUGAUGCAUCCCCGCGGCAAGGGCACGUACAACUCCUUCUCAGAGUCGUCUCGACUUUAGAAUGGUGCAGAAAUCUCUCAACGGCGGGGUUUACCCAACUCAAGCCGGAGAGAAGAAGCACAAAGUCGGGUUUGUCGGUUUGGACCCUGGGGCUCCCGAAUCCAGCAGGGAUGGGGCGCUGCUCAUUGCGGGCUCGGAAAGCACCAAACGGAGCGGCAUCCUCUGCAGACCGAGAUCCAGCAUCUCUGCCGGGAGACCCAGACCGUCGAAGAAAAAUGCCAGCUAUCGGAAACUACAGAAUUUCCUCUAUAAUGCUCUGGAAAGACCUCGGGGAUGGGCGUUCAUCUACCACGCUUAUGUCUUCCUCUUGGUCUUCUCUUGUCUCAUACUCUCUGUCUUCGCCACCAUUAAAGAGUUCAAAAACAGCUCAGAGAGUGCCUUGUACAUCUUGGAAAUUGUUACUAUUGUGGUAUUUGGAGUGGAGUACAUCGUGAGGAUAUGGGCUGCUGGCUGCUGCUGUCGAUACAGAGGAUGGAGAGGGAGGCUAAAAUUUGCCAGAAAGCCUUUCUGUGUCAUAGACAUUAUGGUGCUGAUCGCCUCAGUGUCGGUGUUAGCAGCUGGAUCUCAGGGCAAUGUUUUUGCCACCUCGGCCAUCAGGAGUCUGAGAUUCCUGCAGAUCCUGCGCAUGCUGCGUAUGGACCGUCGUGGAGGCACCUGGAAGCUGCUUGGAUCAGUAGUUUACGCCCACAGCAAGGAGCUCAUCACAGCGUGGUACAUUGGCUUCCUGUGCCUCAUCCUGGCUUCAUUCUUGGUCUACUCUGUGGAAAAGGAGUCAAAUGCAGAGUUUGAGACAUAUGCUGAUGCUCUUUGGUGGGGACUGAUCACUCUCACUACUAUUGGGUAUGGUGAUAAGGUUCCCAAGACCUGGAAUGGACGCUUGCUGGCAGCCACAUUCAGCAUGAUAGGAGUGGCAUUUUUUGCACUUCCUGCUGGUAUCCUGGGCUCUGGUUUUGCCCUCAAAGUCCAAGAGCAGCACAGGCAGAAACAUUUUGAGAAGAGACGAAACCCUGCGGCAGGCCUUAUCCAGGGUGCUUGGAGGUUUUAUGCUACCAACCUUUCCCGCACAGAUCUGCUGUCCACUUGGGAUUUUUAUGAGCAGACUGUAGCUGUUCCAAUGUACAGACUUAUUCCUCCUCUGAAUCAGUUGGACCUGCUGAGGAAUCUGAAGGGCAAGACAUUCAGGAAGGAAUCUCAGACAGAAACCUCUCCCAGUAAUGAAAAUGCACACAAAGACAGACUUUGCGGGUGCUGUCCAAGAACUAUUAGUCGGAAGGCCAGUCUGAAGGACAAGGUGUUUCCCAGUCCUUCCAAGGCUCCAGUGGCAAAGGGGAAGACCCAGUCACCAGGGGCAGAGGAUGGGGCUGAGGCGAGCCCCAGCAAGGUCAACAAGAGCUGGAGCUUCACAGAGAAGAACCGAGGACCAAAGAGCGCCUUCAAAGUCCGGGGUAGCACCUCACGUCAAAACUCAGAGGUGCUGAUUGAAAUGCAAGACGAAGACUUUGGACUGAAGAGUUCUCCAGCAAUUGAAGGUUUAAUAAAGGCUAGCCUCCCAGGAGAGGAAAUUGGUGAUGAUAAGAGCUGCCACUGUGACUUUCUCACCCAGGAACUACCGCCAGGAUUGAAGGUUACUAUACGAGCCAUCUGCAUCAUGAAGUUUCUCGUGUCAAAGAGGAGAUUCAAAGAGAGCUUGCGGCCCUAUGAUGUCAUGGAUGUGAUCGAACAGUACUCUGCAGGUCACCUGGACAUGCUGUCUCGUAUUAAGAACCUGCAGUCCAGAGUUGACCAGAUAGUUGGUAAAAGUCCUAAAGCUGAUGGAGAGGCAGCAGAUGAUCAGAGCAUGAUGGGACGUCUGGUCAAAGUGGAAAAACAGGUGGUCUGUAUGGACAGGAAACUUGAUUUCCUGGUCAACGUGUAUGUUCAGCGCAUGGGCAUCCCUCGUUCUGAAACAGAGGCCUUUUUUAAUUCCAAAGAGCCGUAUCCAGCCCCGCCUUACCACAGCCCAGAGGAGAGCAAGGAGGAGAAACAGGGGGAAGAGAAGGUGAAGGAGGAAAAAGAGGUGAAGACAUGCUCACCGGCAGAUAUUCCAUGCUCUGAUGGAUCCUUGGAAAGGAAAGAUCCUUUACUCGGUCUGUCGGUGGCUAGAUCAGCAGGUACACCCUCUGGCAGCAACAGCCGUCCCUCUACCUCCUGGCAGCACCAGCUGCAGCACCCCCUCAGCCAGCCUGCCUGGAACAGCAGUGUGGCUAACACCCCUUCACCAGUCGGUGGCAACGGAGACCAUUCACCCUCCUUGUUCCGCCUUCCACCUCCCCCUGCUCCAGUUCAUGAUCGGUCUUCCUCCUGUCAGGGCAGUGGCAGAGAGAGAGGCUCCCAAAGCAGGAGGCGCCACAGGAGGCAUCAAUGUCAGCAGGAUGCCACUGCCGUAGAGAGCGACACCUCUCUUUCUAUCCCAUCGGUUGAUCAUGAAGAGCUGGAGCGCUCCUUCAGUGGCUUCAGCAUCUCCCAGGCCAAGGAGGACUUCUUUGGGCCUUCAUUCUUUACAGGCUCAGCAUGCGGAGGUGGAGCAGGGACUGAAGCUGCAGCUGGACAAACUGCACUCUGUGCCAGGGUUAGACCCUUCAUAGCAGAGGGAGAAUCAGACACAGACUCUGACCUCUAUGCCCCCUCACCUCUGUCCUUCACUGGAGAGGUCUCAUGUGGAGAGAAGGGGUGGCCAGGGAUGAAGUAGGUGAGGGAGACCUGCUCCAGUUCAUGUUUCAGACAGAAAUAUGUGACCCUUCAUUUGUCUUUGUAGCCAGCUGACUCACUGUUAAUGCUGUUACAGACAAAUUUACAUUAGUUGGGUAGUUAUAAGUAACUGUUCAUUGCUAAUGAUGGUAGAAAUAUGUCCUCAUAAAAACAAAGGGGUCAUACUUUAUUACUUUUUAUGUUUGCGAUCUAACACUUAACAACCAAUGCUUAGUAACAGUUGCACCUCCAUGAAUAUCUUGAUUAAUACAAAAAAUAGACGUUCUGGAACAUUUCUUUAACUCAACUGGAGAUAUUUAUUUGUAUUUAUUUGAUAUGAAAUGUGCAGUACUUUUGCACUAAACAUAUACUCUACUUGGCAGUAUUUGUAUCAAACAAAUAAGAGAAUGUAAUUUUGUUUUCAGUCAUUUGUAUGGGUGCAUUUGAGCACUUAAUCUGUUAAUCACUGACCACUUUAACGUGAGAUAAAAUGAUAAUUGGAGUUUGUAAUGCAAGAUUGUUUAAAUCUUAUCACAAGGUUAACAUAGUGUCUUGAUAACUUCUAUACCUUUGAAUGACUUGAGGUGUUAUGAUGCCAAAACCUUAGCUAUGAUAAUCAGUUAGAUUCUUGUAGAGUUAUAAAAGAAAACGCUUGCUUUCCAUAUUAUUAAUUUAGCCCAGUGUUUAUUGAAUACUACAGAAAAACUCCCCUCAAAGUAAUACAGAUAAUUGCCCGUCAAUAAACCAAUGAACCUCCUGCAUGGCAUGUUAAAUGGUUGAUUUAAGGACUGUGUUAAGCAGGCACACAGCUGCAAAAAGUCAGCUGUAAAAUUAUGUUUUUCUUCUAUACAGACAAUGGGAGUGGUGAAUAAAACAUAAUAUCGCACAUGCAUGACUGGUUUCAAGCUACAUAUACAUUUUUCUAAGGGGCUUUGCUUGAAUUCCAAUCAUGUAAAUGCGGCCUGAGCUUGCUAGUUUUAAAUGCUCUUCUUCUCUGGAGCAAAUAUGUACACAUCAAAUAUAAGAGUAGAUGACAUGGGCUGAAAUGAACAAUUAUCAGACAACAUGCAGAGUUGAAGUUUGACUGAAUAAAAUUAGAUUUGGAGCACUCAGACAUUCUCAGAUGGUAUUUAGCCUGAAAUGCAUUGAACAUUCAUUUAGAGUUUGUGAUCAUUCCGUCAGCUCUGCACUAAAUGAAGAAAUGCAAAAAAAUAAAAAAAGAAGCAAGGCGUACAAGAACCAUCCUUUACAAACAUUGCCUUAUUUUCACACCAAAAGCCAUUUUAUAAGUACAUAGUGCCAUUGAUAAUGCUAACAUUCAAGGCAUGAAGAGUUCUUAAUAAAGCUAACCUGGUAUCAUACCAACUCCACAUUUUAUCAUUAAUACUGACAUGAUAACCAAGGAAAUGAUAUUAGAGAGAAAAAGAAACUGUUCACUCACUAUUCAUAUUUUUCAGAAAAGAAGAAAAAAACUGCUGGCAUGUUUUGUACAACCCACUGAAAGGACCUGUAGGGUUUUACAUGAUACAGUAGAUUGUAGUUCAACACCAUUGUGUAACUGCACCUUCGCCUUCUUCCAUAAUAAAACUUUGUACAUCAGUUGA